GACUGCGAGUGGGGCAGCUGGUCCGACUGGAGCGACUGCUCGCAUCCUUGUGGUGGCGGCCAGCAGGGCCGCGACCGCCUGAUCGCCACGCUCCCCAAGAACGGCGGCGAGGCGUGCCCCCCAGAGGACGCGGAGGAGACGCGCCCGUGCAACCGCCACGGCUGCCAGAACGUCACGUGCCGCGACGGCGAGUGGGGCCGGUGGGGCGCCUGGGCCCCCUGCUCGGUGUCCUGCGGCGGCGGCACGACGUUCCGGAGCCGCAAGGUCAAGAGCAUGGCGAACGAAUGCGGCAGCGAGCCUGAGGGUAAGGACCGGGAGACGGCCUUCUGCAAUCUGCAGUCGUGCGACAAGACGGCCGACUGCGAGCUCACUCA